AUGCCACAGCUGGAACCGGCGGGGGGGGACGAUUUGGGGGCCCCCGACGAGCUGAUCGCUUUCCAGGACGAGGGAGAGGAGCAGGACAAGGGCGCGGGGCGCGGUUCGGCCCACGGGGACCUGGACGAGCUCAAGUCCUCCCUGGUCAGCGAGAGCGAGGACCGCGGCACCGGCACCGUACCCCCCAGUCCUCCGCCGCGGCCUCCAGCCGCCAGGGUGGCGCCGCCGUCCCCCCCGCCCCGUGCCAAGAUGGCGGCGCCCGCGGCUCUCCGGGGGCUGCGGCUGGCAGCGCCCCGCGGCCGCCCCGUCCCCGUCCCCGACGCCCGCCGGCACCUCCACACCACCCCCGCCUGCCUCAAGACGCGGGCGGCGCGGGUGCGCGUGGGCAAAGGGGACAAGCCGGUGACCUACGAGAAGGCGCACGCCCCCCACUACAUCGCCCACCGCAAGGGCUGGCUGUCCCUGCACACCGGGAACCUGGCCGGCGAGGCGGGCGCGGCGGAGCGGGCGGUGGAGGACGCCUUCCUGCGCCGCUUCCUCUACGGCACCUUCCCCGGCGUCCUGGCGGACGAGGCCGUGCUGAAGCGCCGCGCCAACCUGCUGGUGGUCUGCGCCGUGCUGGCGCGGGGCCUGGCGCCCGCCAAGCUCUACUUCCUGGUGGGCUACGCCGAGACCCUCCUGGCCCGCUUCUACAAGUGCCCCGUGCGCCUGGAGCUGCAGACGGUGCCCGCCCCGCUGCCCUACAAGUACCUCUAGUGCCCCCCGGGCGGGGGGGAAUAAAGCGGGGCUCUCUGCA